UUGCAGAUGAGUUUAUAUUAGAGUCGAGACCAGCUUGCAAUUUGGGAAUUUCGCCUCGAAUUAGAUCGAAAACCCUAGAAGCCAUGAAAACAAAGCGAGAAGAUUCCGAGAAUGCAGCGGAUGAAGACGGGGUUGCGAAGAGGCAGAAGCUAACUGAAGACUCGUCGCCUCAGCUUGCAUUUGAAAAUCCGAUCCUCUCGCUGGCUUCUUACGAUGACGAUGAGGAGGAAGAAGAUGAAGCUAGGAGAGAUGGGAAUGGGGGUAAACAUGUAAAUAAUGGCAGAAAGGAAGAGGGAAACGGGCAUAAUUAUUCCGAGGAUGAGGAUGAUGAUGAUGAAGAGGAUGAAGAAAGCAGAGUAGGGCAAGGGAAGCGCAGUCGCGCUAUUGAAGUAAGGAGGGACUGCCCGUAUCUGGAUACUGUUAAUAGACAGGUUUUAGAUUUCGACUUUGAGAAAUUUUGCUCAGUAUCUCUUUCAAACUUGAAUGUGUAUGCAUGUUUGGUUUGUGGAAAGUAUUAUCAAGGAAGAGGACAGAAAUCUCAUGCAUAUACACACAGUCUUGAAGCUGGCCACCAUGUCUACAUUAAUCUUCGAACAGAGAAAGUUUACUGUCUGCCUGAUGGAUAUGAAGUUAUUGACCCAUCGCUGGAUGAUAUUCGGCAUGUACUUAACCCAAGAUUUUCAAGAGAGCAAGUUGAGCAUCUUGACCGGAAUAGGCAAUGGUCGAGGGCACUUGAUGGUUCUGAUUAUCUUCCUGGAAUGGUGGGGUUAAAUAACAUCAAAGAGACUGAUUUUGUUAAUGUUACCAUUCAAUCAUUGAUGCGUGUUACUCCCCUGAGGAACUUUUUUCUCAUCCCCCAAAACUAUAUCCACUGCAAAUCCCAACUUGUUCUUCGAUUUGGGGAGCUCACACGAAAGAUCUGGCAUGCUAGGAACUUCAAAGGACAGGUGAGUCCACAUGAAUUUCUGCAGGCGGUUAUGAAAGCUAGUAAGAAACGUUUCCGAAUAGGCGCCCAAUCAGAUCCAGUUGAAUUUAUGUCAUGGCUUCUUAAUACACUGCAUGGAGAUUUGAAAAGUUUAAAAAAGGGUAGCAGCAUCAUUCAUCAAUGCUUUCAGGGUGAACUGGAGGUUGUGAAAGAGAUUCAUAGCAAACAUAUAGCAGAGAAAAAAGAAAAUGGGGACAACCAGAACAAUGAGAAUGGAGAUGAUGGUGGAACUGAAGCAGAUAAAGUGAUGACAGAGACAAGCAAGAUGCCUUUCUUGAUGCUUGGAUUAGACUUGCCACCUCCUCCUUUGUUUAAGGACAUCAUGGAGAAAAACAUUAUUCCACAGGUUCCACUUUUCAAUAUACUGAAGAAGUUCGAUGGGGAGACUGUGACUGAAGUUGUCCGUCCUCGUAUAGCAAGGAUGAGAUAUCGUGUCACAAAAUUGCCACAGUAUCUUAUUCUCCACAUGCGUCGGUUUACAAAGAACAACUUCUUUGUGGAGAAAAAUCCUACUCUUGUCAACUUCCCUGUGAAGAAUCUUGAGCUGAAGGAUUACAUCCCUCUACCUGCACCCAGUGACAAUGAAAAGUUGCGGUCAAAGUACGAUUUAAUUGCUAAUAUUGUUCAUGACGGUAAGCCGGGUGAAGGAUCCUACAGGGUGUUUGUGCAGCGGAAGUCAGAAGAACUCUGGUAUGAGAUGCAGGACCUUCAUGUGUCAGAAACAUUACCCCAGAUGGUUGCACUUUCCGAGGCAUACAUGCAGAUAUAUGAGCAGCAACAGUAGCCUCUAUCCCUUUCAUGUUUGCUUGAAGCAGAGGUUUUACAUUUUUGUCUGGAAUGUCAGUUCAAGGAAUUUCGAGCAUAAGAACCCCGAAUUUUGUUCUUCAAUUCUGGUUCUUGUUCCAAAUGGUAUAAAAUAUAAAUUGCAAAUUCCCACUUGUAAGGUUAA